UUUGCGCUCCACAAAGAACCAAGAUUUUGCAAUUAUGGAACAAGAAUUCAACGCCAUUCGUAUUUCAGAAUAAUGAUGUUGUCCUCGGAGGAAGUUUUAGCAGAUCAGGAACUGCGCCUCCUCCGUCAAGAAAAAAAGAACAGAUGCCCGACUCCACUGAAAAUGACAUACCCAAAAUCCCCAUAAUUGAAAUAGAAAAAGAAAAGUUCGUUUCUUUGGAAAUCUACGUCAAGAUCUCAUCUGGGUUUUGUUCCUUCAGGUGUUUUAGGGUUGGGGGUGUACCAUUCUUGUACCAAUUGCUUUGAUUUGGUGUUUUGUAGAAAAGCAAAUCUCAAAAAUCUAGUGUUCAUCUUAAAGAAAAAGUUAGCAAAAGAGGAUGAAUAUUUUGUGGAAAGAUCCAGGACUUCCGACCGAUUCAUUCUAUGAGGUUCGAGCUGAAUGCACCGAUGUUCCUAAAACCAAGUUUAAAAUUAAGUCUGGGAAGACCCUUAGUGUACGGAAGUGGCAGUCUGCAUUCAGUCCAGAAGGAUAUCUUGAUAUAGGCCAAACCCUUGGUCGAAUUUAUCGUGGAGGGAUACAUCCAACAAUUAGAGGAGAGGUAUGGGAAUUUCUACUCGGCUGUUUUGAUCCUAAGAGCACAACUGAGGAGCGAGAAGAGAUACGGCUAACAAGAAGGGAAGAGUAUUAUCGGCUGAAAGAACUUUGCACUUAUAUGUUCCCUCUUGUUGGAAGUGGCAAGUUUAUCACCGCUCCUGUGAUCACAGAAGACGGUGUUGCAACCCAAGAUCCCGUAGUACUUCUAGAAGCAAACCCUGAAAAUCUUAUGACACCAACAAAUCAAGCAACUGUUGCUUCAAAUUCAACCACAAGUUGUCCCAAGGAAGAAGACAAGAAGAUAAUCCAAUGGAAACUUACCCUACAUCAAAUAGGUCUUGAUGUGGUUCGCACGGACAGGACACUAGUGUUUUAUGAGAAGCAGGAGAAUUUAGCGAAACUAUGGGAUGUUCUUUCCGUUUAUGCUUGGUUUGAUAAAGAAGUCGGUUAUGGUCAAGGGAUGAGUGAUCUUUGUUCCCCCAUGAUUAUGCUUCUUGAAGACGAAGCAGAUGCAUUUUGGUGCUUCGAACGUCUAAUGCGCAGAUUGCGAGGGAAUUUCAAAUGCGUAGGGAGUUCUGUGGGAGUGGAAUCGCAGCUCUGCAAUCUAGCCAAUGUUAUUCAAGUUGUUGAUCCUAAACUUCAUGCUCACUUGGAACACCUAGGUGGCGGUGAUUAUCUAUUCGCCUUCAGGAUGCUCAUGGUGUUGUUUCGACGAGAAGUUUCUUUUGGUGAUUCGUUGUACUUAUGGGAGAUGAUGUGGGCGUUGGAGUAUGAUCCCGAUUUGUACACUCAGUAUGAGGAAUCUGAUUCUGAAAGACCUGAAGAUGCCAAAGGAAAACCAAAAUCGUCAAAACAAUGUGGCAAAUUCGAAAGGGAAUACUUGCGAAGUGGGGCCAAAGUUGGAGAACCGCUCCCUAUUUCCGUGUUCCUCGUUGCAAGCGUCCUCAAGGAGAAAAGCGUCAAAUUGCUCACAGAAGCCAAGGGGCUCGACGAUGUUGUCAAGAUAUUGAACGACACUUCAGGGAACCUGGAUGCUAGAAAAGCUUGCUCAGGGGCUAUGAAACUUCACAAAAAGUAUUUGAAAAAGGUGAAGAUGGAAAAGGCAUCUGCAGAAAAGGGGUCUGCAGCUACGUGAAGGUGGCUUUGAACCACGAUGAGUUUUGACUAUUGUUGACUUUGAUUUACGAUACGAAGAAUUCUCUCCGCAAAAAGAAAAGAUGUAUAGAGGGUUGGAGGCCAUUUGUUUGUAAAGACUAAUCUGUGUACUAUUACAUUCGAUUCUUUUUGAAGGCAAUGUGUGUAUAAACUACUAUAGUAUAUGUAACAAUUGAUGAACCCAGACUGAGUUAUACUUUUAAGAAUAAAAAAAACU